AUGCCACUGCGAGCAAACCUCCCCGAGCAUCUUGCGUCGCGCCAAAAUGACACCGCACGCAUCGCCUCCGCAUCCGGUUCUUCUGCGGACCGACGACAUGGGUUAGCCGAGCUCGCUCGUGAAGAAGACAUCCAGUACAUCGUUGGCGACUGGCUGUCGGAGUACAACAUGGCUCUCCGAGGUGGCGCGAAAGCUAACCAUCCGACCGACUCAUCCGAGUUCGAGCCCUCUUUUCUCCAGGCAAUCGAACCAGCACUGAAGUACCUCGACGCCAGGCGAAUUAAAGUUGCGGUCAACGCAGGAGCGAGUGACACUAAGAAGUUGCACGACGUUCUGAUAAGCAUGAUUGACGAGAAGGGCCUCAAGCUUAAAGUUGCUUGGAUUGAGGGGGAUGAGGUCAUUGAUGUUGUUCAGGAGGAACUGAAGUCAGGGAAGGGAUUAAAGAACUUAACAACAGGUGGCUGCGAGAACAUCAAAGAUUGGCCGUUUGCCCCGGUCUAUGCGCAGGCAUAUCUCGGCUGUUGGGGAAUUGUAGAAGCAUUCAGGCAGGGUGCUCACAUCGUUCUGUGUGGCCGCGUAGCCGAUGCAUCACCGACGAUUGCUUGUGCGGCCUUUCACCAUGGCUGGCGCCGCAAUGAUUACUCUCAGCUAGCCCACGCCCUCGUUGCCGGACACUUGAUUGAGUGCACCACGUAUAUCACUGGCGGCAACUUCUCGGGGUUCAAAAGUUUACCCGGCAUAUCUGUUGAUAUUGGCUUCCCAGUAGCCGAAGUCGAGGCAACCGGCGAGUUCUGCAUUUCGAAGCAAGCCGGAAGGGGUGGUAUGGUGACCCUCGAGACGUGUAAGGCCCAACUGCUGUAUGAAAUCCAGGGGCCUUACUAUUACAACUCCGACGUUGUGGCCGUACUCGACAACAUCGAGAUGACGCAAGUAGGGGAUGACAAAGUACGGGUUUUCAAUGUUGGAAACAUCAAGCCACCGCCGACAACCAAGGUUGGCAUAACUGCCAAAGGUGGAUACCAAGCAGAAUCACAUUACUUCCUCUGUGGGCUGGAUAUCCAGGAGAAGGCUGCCCUCUUUGAGCGGCAGCUUCGGCAUGUUUUGGACGAGAAGUCAUUUUCCUGUCUGAAGUUUAGUACCAACGGAUCGUGUCCAGUAAACCCAGCCAAUCAAGACGCUGCAAUGGUUGACUUGCGCGUCUUCGCCCAGGCUUGCAAUGAAGAAGCUUUAGCACCAUCGAGGUUCCUCAAGCCGAUCGUAGACAACAUCAUGCAAAGCUAUCCAGGGGCCACCUUCCACCUGGACACGCGGCAGGCAUUCCCAAAGGAGUACUACGAGUACUGGGUCAGCAUCAUCCCGCAGAGCGCCACAAAGCACGUAUGCCAUUUGCCGUGGAAGAGUCAACAGGUGGAAAUUGCCCCACCGUUAGAUACCGUUGAGUUUGUAUACGAACAGCCGACGUACGAAACCAAUAGCCCUAUUACCCUUUCUUCCCUUGGGCCGACAACGAUAGCGCCGCUUGGAUACGUUGUGCAUGCGAGAUCCGGGGAUAAGGGCUCGGAUAGCAACACAGGGUUCUUCGUUCGGAAUGCGGAUGAGUGGGACUGGCUGAGGUCGCUCUUAACCAUUGGCAAGAUCAGAGAGCUUUUGGGAGAGGACGAUAAGGGGAAGCCCAUCUUCCGUUUUGAGCUUACACGGCUUUUUGCUGUGCAUUUCCUCUUAAAGGACCACCUGGAUCGCGGGGUCACUGCCAGCUCGUCAUAUGACUUUCUCGGCAAAAACGUGGCAGAGUAUCUUCGUUGCAAACUCGUCGAGAUUCCGGAUAAAUUCUUGGCUCGAGGCAGAAUCUAA